AGUUGAGCCGUCCCUGACGCCGAGACAGAUCCAAAAGGGCAGGCUCCUGCCUCUUGGUGCUUCCUCGUUGCAUUUGACAGGGGAGGGGAGAGGAGGGUGGGGGGAGGAAGGUGGUGGCAUUCGUUGUCGCCACCUUUAGGCCCUAUCGCCUUCCUCUUCCUCCUGCUCCUGCUUGCCCUCGACCUUCUUCUUCCUCCAGGGCUCGACACCUCCGGGAGCAAGCAGGGGGCCUCCAUGGCGAUGGUGCUCGACUCCUUCGUCAAGCGAUGCACGGCGUCUCUGCAGGACUUCGCCGGCCAGGACGCCUGCGCCGCCCUCGGCGUCGGGGACGACGUCAGGGCCCUCCUUGCCACGCUCUCGCGCAUUGACGCCAUCGUCUCCCACGAGGAGCGGAGGCGGCUCCUCACCGCCAAGGUUGACGGGUGGGUGGCGCAGGUUAAGGAUGCCAUGUACGACAUUGACGACGUCAUUGAUGUCUGCGUCGUCGAGGGCGGAAAGAUCCUCGAAGACGACCGCCCACCCACGCCCAAGGUCCGAUGCUUCUCCUGCUUCAAGCCUGCUGGCCCCCGAAAGUUCCGCCAUGAAAUCGGAUUCACGAUUAGGGACAUUGAUCUCAGGCUCAGGGAAGUCGAGGAGGAAAUGCCCAGGCUUCCUGCUGGAUCACGGCAUUCUGAUGCAAAAAGGGAUUGGUUCAGUCAUAAUAGCAUCUGUAACAACUGUUAUCACGCGAUUAAGCCGCAAGCUGCCGGGUCGCAGGUCCAGAAGGCCGUGGCUGGCCUUGUGCCAAGGAUGCUUAGAGAGGGCAAGAAGAAGGUGGAUGUCUUUGCCAUUGUUGGUGCGGUGGGGAUCGGCAAGACAACGCUUGCUAGGGAGAUCUACAAUGAUGACAGGAUGACUGAAAAUUUCCCCAUUUGUGUGUGGGUCAAGAUGUCCAAUGAUUUAUCAGAGGUAGAUUUCUUGAAGAAGAUCAUUACCGGUGCUGGUGCCACUGUCGGGGAUACAGAAAACAGAGAGGAGCUCCUUGGCCUCCUCAGUUCUGCUCUUUCAAAGAGGUUUCUGAUUGUCCUGGAUGACUUGGACAAUGCAGGCCUAUGGGACAAUCUGCUCAAAGAUCCAUUGGGAGAUGGUGUGGCCAGAGGAAGAAUACUGAUCACAACUCGGACUGAGGAAGUGGCGACAAGCAUGAAGGCAACUGUCCACCGUGUUGACAAAAUGGACACCGAGAAUGCCUGGGAAUUAUUGUGCAAACAAGUUGAUCCAGAACGCAAUUCAGAGGAGCUUGCAGCAUUGAAGGAUGUUGGAAUUAAGAUUGCAGAGAUAUGUGAUGGCCAUCCUCUAGCAAUCAAGGUCAUUGCAGGCCUCCUGAGGUCAAGAGGCAAUAACAAGGCUGAGUGGGAGAUGGUCCUGAAUAAUGAUUCUUGGUCCAUGCCCCCGAUCCUUCCAGAAGUGCCACAAGCACUGUAUAUGAGUUACAUCGAUCUGCCUUCUGAACUGAAGGAGUGUUUCCUCCAUUGCUCUCUGUAUCCAGAAGAAUGCCCCAUUCAGCGCUUUGACCUUGUUCGCCAUUGGAUUGCUCAAGGCAUUGUAAAGGCCGGAGACAACAAGUUGCUCGAAGAAUCAGCUGAAGAGUAUUAUAUAGAAUUAAUAAGCAGAAACUUGUUACAACCUGAUCCUGACAAUUUUGAACAGUGCUGGAUAACGCAUGAUUUUCUCCGCUCGCUAGCCCGCUUUUUGAUAGCAGACGAGAGUAUCGUAAUUUGUGGUCAGCAGAAAUUGAGCACCUCAUUGUCAAAGCCCCGGCAUCUCACGUUGUGUAACAUGGAAAACAGCUUGGAGGAUCCAAUUUCACUGAAGCAGCAGAUGAGCAUAAGGUCAGUGAUGCUCUUCAAAAGCCCAAAUGUCAGAGCAAUAGAUAGUCUGGUCGAGUCAGCUCCAUGCUUGCGUGUAUUAGAUUUGAGCAAGACAGCAAUAGAGGCCCUCCCGAAGUCCAUUGGCAACUUGGUGCAUUUGAGAUACCUCAAUCUUGGUGGAACUGAGGUCAGAGAUAUACCUUCUUCCAUUGGAUUUCUUAUGAACUUGCAGACCUUGAGCCUUCAAGGUUGCCAAAGAUUACAGAGACUUCCUUGGUCCAUCAAGGCGUUGCUAGAGCUUAGAUGCCUUCAUCUCGAAGGAACUUCCCUAAGCUAUGUACCAAAGGGUGUCGGUGAACUGAAGCAUCUCAAUUAUCUGUCUGGUCUAAUCAUCGGUCAUGACAACAAUGGACCUGAGGGUUGUGACUUAGAUGACCUUAAAGCUUUGUCAGAAUUAAGGCACCUUCACAUAGAGAGUUUGGAUAGGGCUUCUUCAUGUGCUACUGCACUUGCAAACAAGCCAUUUCUGAAGGAUCUAUACCUCUCUGAGCAAGCACCUGUAAUAGAAGAACAGCAACAGAAAGAAGAACAGGAGAGCCAAGAGAACAAAGGUGAAACAGGGAAAGAAGAGAACGAAGAACAGGAAGUAAGCAAUGGCCAAUGCAGCGGAGAGGAAUCGGCCGAAGCCAGUGAAAAGAUAUGGAAUGAGCUCACCCCACCCAAGAGCAUCGAGAAGCUAGUUAUCAAGAACUACAAAGGAGUAAGGUUCCCAAGUUGGAUAAAAGGUCCCAAGCUAGGAACCUCCUUCCCCAGCCUUGUGUUUUUGGAUCUUGAAAACUGCAUGUCAUGCACUAAACUACCUUCACUUGGCCUCCUGAACCAACUCCAGUCCCUACACAUCUCAAAUGCAGACUCAAUUGUCACUAUUGGUUCGGAAUUCCUGGGAACUACUGUAAUUUCAUCAGGCACUUCAUUCCCCAAGCUUGAGGUUUUGAAGCUCAGGAACAUGAAGAAACUGGAAGAGUGGUCAUUAACUGUGGAAGAGACCCAGGUACUGUUACCUCGUCUGAAGUCACUGCACAUACAGUCCUGUCCAAAACUGAAAGCUCUACCAGAAGGCCUAAAGCACGUGGCACUGAGUGAACUUCAUGUGGAAGGUGCAUAUAGCCUAACAGAAAUCAGGGACCUGCCAAACCUGUCUGAUGAGCUCCAUCUCAAAGAUAACAAGGCGCUUCAGAGGAUUUCCAACCUGCCCAUGCUUCGUUCCCUCAUUAUUGAUGACUGCUCAAAGCUGAAGCAUGUUGCAGGCCUUGAUGCGCUGCAGCACCUCAGACUUGUGUUCCCCCCAUCCACUGAGACAUUUUAUUUUGAAGAGCUAAUCAUCUUCUGGAGCAUUGCCUUCCCACGGUGGCUGGAACUACUGAUUCAAAAGUGCAAAGGCCUGCGAAGGUUUGAGUUGCAGUGCAGCCUUUCGUUACUUAGGAGCUGCCUGGAUGGUGGCAAGAACUGGAACAUCGUCCAGCAGAUCCCUGAGGUCCGCAUCAUAAGCUGUGAUGGCAAGAGGUACAUUCGGUACAACAAGAACCGUCGCAUCUAUGAAACAAAUGCCCAGUCUGAAGAAUGAAGCAAUUCUGUAAAUCCUUGCAUGACACUGGUUUGUUUUGGUACAGCCACACGUUUCAGUUGUCCCUAUCGAUUGUUCCUGGAGUUUGUGUUUAUAUCGAAGAGCUUGUAUUUUGAUCGCGAUUGAUCCAUGAGUUUGCAAUUGUUUUGCGGGCCUUUUGUUUUUACCACUCUACCGAUGUAUGUAAUGGAAAUGGUAUGAUGAUUUGGGGAGCCCUGAGGAGAAGUAUGGUUCUCUCUUUUCAGGUGAAUCAAUCUGGAGAUGCUCACGUUUCCUUGACCUCUGGGUAUCCUUCCCCAGGACUCAAUGUGUAAUUCUUUUCGAUUUCCUGGUUAUGGUGGUCUGUAAAUUGUAACCAUUGGGUUUGAUGGAUUUUGACUUUGAGCACAAAGUAUUGGCGGUUAAUUACAAGGCCUUUUUUCCUGGCUCAAAAAUA